CUACCAAUCUUCUAUAAGAAGCGGCAUCGACUCAGAACAUUUACAGGAAAAAUUGCAGAGACACUAUGGCUUCAAGGCCAGGCCCUCUUACUGAAUGGCCAUGGCAAAGGCUUGGCAACUUCAAGUAUGUUGUGAUGUUGCCCUGGGUGGUACCAGCACUCAACACGAUGAUAAAAGCUGCAAGAAAAGGAAGAGAAGGAUGGGAGGAGGUUGACAUGGGCUACGUGAUAAUAUUUCCUGCUCUGUUGUUAAGAAUGCUACACAACCAGAUUUGGAUCAGCAUUUCUCGGUUUCAGACGGCACGCAGUCCUCACCUCAUCGUCGACCGUAGCAUCGACUUUGAACAGGUCGACCGGGAAAGGAACUGGGAUGACCAGAUCCUGUUCAAUGGUUUUUUCUUCUACAUUGGCCAUGCUCUCAUCCCAAGCGCUAAAGACCUACCCAUUUGGAGGUCUGAUGGAGUGAUGAUGACGAUUCUUCUUCAUAUGGGUCCGGUCGAGUUCCUCUACUACUGGUUCCACAGAGCACUGCAUCAUCACUUUCUGUAUUCUCGAUAUCACUCUCAUCAUCAUGCCUCCAUAGUUACUGAGCCUAUUACGUCUGUAAUCCAUCCAUUUGCAGAACACAUUGCAUAUUACAUUCUUUUCUCCAUUCCAUUCUUAGCAACCAUCUUCAGUGGAACGGCUUCUAUUGCAGCAAUCGUUGGCUACAUUGUCUACAUUGACUUCAUGAACAACAUGGGCCACUGCAAUUUCGAGCUGGUCCCAAAAUGGCUCUUUCGUGUCUUCCCCCCUCUCAAGUACCUAAUGUACACUCCAUCCUUCCAUUCUCUCCAUCACACACAAUUUCGGACAAACUAUUCCUUGUUCAUGCCAUUCUAUGACUACAUUUAUAAAACAAUGGACAAGACAUCUGAUGAAUUGUAUGAAAGCUCACUGCAAGGAAAAGAGGAGGCACCAGAUGUUGUUCACCUUACACAUCCUACUACGUUGCAGUCAAUUUACCAUCUACGACUAGGAUUUGCCUCGCUGGCAUCAAGACCUUACAGCUCGAAGUGGUACAUACUGAUUAUGUGGCCAAUGGCAGGGUUGUCCAUGGUAUUGGCAUGGUUCUAUGGGUCUUCAUUCACUGUUGAAAGGAAUAAGUUAAAACAUCUCAAAAUGCAAACUUGGGCAAUACCCAGAUACAAUUUCCAAUAUGGCUUAUCAUGGGAAAAAGAGGCUAUCAAUAAUUUGAUCGAAAAGGCAAUUUUAGAAGCUGAUGAGAAAGGAGUUAAAGUGAUGAGCUUAGGACUCUUAAAUCAGGCAAAAGAAAUAAACUGUGGUGGUGACAUUUAUCUUCAGAAGUACCCAAAACUGAAGUUAAGGAUUGUAGAUGGAAGUAGCUUAGCAACAGCUGUAAUUCUCAACAGUAUUCCCCAAGGGACAACCCAAGUUCUUCUUAAAGGAAAACUUUCUAAGGUUGCUUUUGCAACUGCGCGAGCAUUGUGCAAGAAAGGUGUUCAGGUACUAUUAACACACAAGCAUGAGCUCGAUUCACUCAGGUCACGUAUCUCAGGAAGUGCAGCAAGUUAUUUAUCACUCUCAAGCACUUCAUACCCUCAGGUGUGGCUGAUAGAAGACAAGUUAGAUGAUGCUGAGCAGCGGAAGGCACCAAAAGGCACACAUUUCAUUCCGUUUUCACAGUUUCCUCCAAAGAAAAUGCGCAGGGAUUGCAUUUACUAUAAAACUCCAGCGAUGAAGAUUCCAAAGGCCUUGGAAAACAUGCACUCUUGUGAGAACUGGCUACCAAGAAGGAUGAUGAGUGCAUGGCGUGCUGCUGGAAUCGUACAUGCAUUAGAGGGAUGGGCUGCCCAUGAGUGUGGAGAAACGGUUUUAGAAAUUGAGAAAAUAUGGUCUGCUGCUCUGCAACAUGGAUUUCUUCCAGAAACACAAGUUUGAUUAUCAAUGUGAAUACAAUGUGAGCUAGCAUGCAACGUACUAUUAUAUGAUUUGCCAAAAUCAAAAGACUUUAGUAGUCAAAGACAGCAUGGGUAAAACCUUUAUUUACUGGAAUACGUUUGGAGCAUGUAACAUGAAUUAUGAUAUCAAAUAAUAUAAUAGAAAGGUUUCCACCGGAGUGAUGUCA